AUGAACUCCAGACUCCUUCAACACGACCUCGACCUUUAUCUCCGUCACUAUGACAACAAAUACGCCAUCCACUCCUUACCGGUCAUCCUGUUUCUUGCCAUCUUGAUGCUGGUUGGGUUCGUGGGGAAUUCACUCGUUUGCUACGUGUAUCUAGUGAAAUUUAAAGCGAGUUCCCUCCGAUGCUAUAUUUUAGCACUGGCAACGUUUGACCUCGCAACAUGUGUCGUCUGUAUUCCCGUUGAAAUAGCAGACAUACGAUAUAACUACACAUUCGGACAGUAUACAUUGUGUAAGAUGCUUCGAUUACUCGCAACGUUCUCAGUUAUUGCUUCAGUGACCAUACUGUUAGCUAUAGCUGUGGACAGGUCUGUGUCUACAGACGACAUUCGCAUCAACGGGUCACGUUGUACUGUAACAGACGAUUACAGCAACACACAAUACCCUCUUAUCUACAACGGAGGUCAGAUGAUCCUCUUCAUGUCGUGUAUAUUGAGUCUGUCUGUGCUCUAUGGUCUGAUAUGGCGGCGGGUUGCCAGGCAACAGAAACGUAUGAAUAAUGUCACUGAAAGCGAUCUAACCAUUGAACGGAAGGUCCAACACAAGGCCACACCGACAUCAAUCGCAAAGAGUUUGGAGGAUGCUCAUAGCCCGUCGGCCAAAGGUGAACCAAACUUGUCUUUAGAUAAGGUUGAUUCAAACAAUUCCGAAAGUACAUGUAUAAUGCCAACAUUGGAAUCAUUUAAGAACGACAAUACAUGCCCACUUGAAGCAACACCAACUCUCGGAUCAAAGUCCAACAGAAGGCUCUCCACGUUUGGGAGAAGAAAAUCCUUCUCUACCUGCACAUCGUCACAUUGUGACAAAGGCCCUCAGAAGACAACAAGGAUGCUGUUUCUCAUCACUCUGGUAUUUGUGCUGAGCUUUCUUCCCCAUCUGGGUCUGAUGGUAACUAGAGCAGUGAACAAGAACGUGUUUGAAGACCUUCACGGAGUUGGAUUCAUCGCCUACAACGUGUUCCUGAGGUCGUAUUUCAUCAACUCUGUCUCCAACCCAAUCCUCUACAGCUUCUGUAGUGUUCGAUUCCGGCAGGAACUGACUCAGCUUUGGGAAAGUGUGGCCAUGACGAGAAAUACGUGA